UUUAUUACUCUCGUUAACCAAAAUGUGAAUGGAUUGAGUCUUCAUCACAUCUGAGUUUCAUUAUCGUAAUCCGUGAAUUGCAUUUUUGUUUCUAUGUCUGGAUUUCUUCAGACAGUUCUUUUUGAUGGAUUGCGUGUGUAUCUUGAGUAUAAACUGGAUUUCAAAUACGAAAUAAAUCUCGCCCAACACAUGCAAACCAUUGUCAUUGAGACAACGCUGAGUUUACUUUGUAGAUUGAUGACAUGAUAUGGGUUAAAUCCCCAUGAAUAGUCAUGAACUAUGUGAAUAUGAAUAUAUUUUCAUUCGUAUGAAUUGCUAUUGGUUGCUUGGCGAAAAUACAAUGCCCUACACAUGCCAUAGGGGAAGUCUAAGCAUUGCAGGAUUUGCAUAAGCCCUCUAAGUGCUCUAACACAAACACCAGUAACAACUCUGGAUGAUACACCAGACAAUGUUACAUUCAACAGGAACUUCACAACAUUGAAAUUCAAUACUCUGUUAAACGUCGACGAUAGCUUGAGACAACGCUGGUUAUAUCGCUGACUGCACAUUCAAUAAACGUCAUAAAACAAGGCAACAAUACAAAAAAACAUAUCAAUCUUUUCUCUUCCAAUGCGAUUGCUUUACCGCAAUUCCAAUGCAUCUGGGCCUGUUCCAAGGCAAGAAAUAUAUACGUGAUCUCUGAUUUCACUUGGAUUAUCUUAAAAACUGCGGACUGCGAGGGCUAAAUGUAUUCUAACUACAUGGGUGGUUGGAUAUGUUAUGAAAUCUUCUCCCGGGUCGUUCUAAUGGGAUUCCCAAAGCUUGAACAAUAUUCUCUCCAAACAUGCUGUCCUACUCUACCUUGCUGUGGUGUGCACUAAUCAUAAUUGUCGUUUUUGCGACAAGAAAACUAAUGAAGCAGAUUGUGGCUGCAAUGAUGAAGCCGGUUUUUGCCGUCAUUAUGUAUUUCUUCACCAAAAUUUAUAAUCGAGAAGUUGGAUUUAAGAAGAAAAAGCUUUUCGAAACGAUGGAAAAACAUUUGGAAGAAGUGGAAGGCGAGGUGCUCGAAGUUGGUGCUGGGACUGGAGCGAAUUUUGCGUUUUACCCACGUGGGUGCACAAUCAUUGCCGUGGAUCCUAAUCGCUACAUGAAUUACUAUCUUCAGCACACAAAGAAGUUUUAUCCUCACGUUCAAUUGAAAGAGUAUAUCGUAGGCUCAGCUGAGGAUAUGAGAAAAAUAGCUGACCAUUCUAUGUCUGUGGUCGUCUGUUCAUUAGUCUUGUGCUCUGUAAACUCGGUGGAACAAUCUUUGAAGGAAAUCAUUCGAGUUUUAAAACCUGGAGGAAGAUUUUAUUUUCUAGAGCAUGUAAAAGGUGAAGGAUUCCUGCUGACACUUCAAAAGUGGAAUCAGCCUUGGUGGUUUUAUUUCGGCGAUGGGUGUAAUUUGAUGCGUGAUACGGAAAGCUCUAUUAGAAAGGCUGGUUUUAAGUCUGUCAAAUGUGAAGCUUUUGAUGCUAAAAAUGUUGGACCGUUUAUAAAACCACAUAUCAUGGGCUAUGCGGACGUUUAAACAAAGUGCAUGUGCAUGUGUGAUAAAAUUGAUGGUAGUUAAAAAUUAUUUUAAAAUUAUAGAUUUAUGAUAAGUUUUUUUCAAGAUGUUGACGUUUUCCUUCAUGGAUAUCAAUGAGGACAAAUGAAAAGCGAUAAGAUUUCUCACGUAGAUUUGCUCUCUAGAAUUAUGACUAAAAUAUAUUAUUGUGUAUGCUUUGUCGAGUGUGCGAGACUGAUUUGCAGGACAUAGACGAA